GUGGUGCGCAUGUUAGAGAAAACGAGAUAUUAAUCGACAUCGACAAUUUGUCUACUCUCGUUCUCGAGAUAUCUCGUGAUGCGCAUGCUAGGCCGACUGAACUGGUUCGCUAUUUUGUACCAUAAUGUCGUCAAACACGACCAAUAUACGUCACCGCCUAAUCAAGUUCAAUAUUGAAUCGGAAUCUACUAUCAUUCGUUCUUUGUCGUACCAUUAUAUACAAUUGAACCUAAACUGAGUCGGUUUUCUGUCAAAAUAAGCGAUUCAAAACAAGUUAGUAUUUUUGUGCCUGGAUUGGUCUUGUUUGUUAUUAAACACAAAAAAUGAGCAAUAUCAAUUUUAAAAUGUAAUAGUUUUGCAGCAUGUGUGCUCCUAGAAAGUAUAAGUGGCCACUUGUGACUUGCUUUCGGGCAAAAACACUCGAAAAUUCUCUAGCUUGGGAAGUUUUGUUGUAUCCCGUUGCCAAUGAUUUAUUUUGGAAUAAAAUUUCCCAUAAUUUCUCCUAUUGAGUAUAAUUAACUCUUCGACGAGACAACUCACUGUAAAUUAUAAAACAAAGGGCACUUAAAUAACUUUAUUUCUUAAAGUUAUAUAUUUUUAGAAUUGCUUUUUUUUCCACAGUUUAAUAAUUAGUUAAAAAUGCAUUAGAACUUGCACGCAUACUUACGCCAUUAUUUAUUACACAACACAAAUGUAAAAAACUUUAAUCAAAACACAGUUUAACACUAUAAGAAAUUAAAACAUAAACAAUAACCGCGCAACUCGACACUGUUGUCAAAAGCGAGAGGUGCGUUUUUAACUCGAAACAGAAAUCUAAAUUUAGUUUUAUAAUAAUACAAACGAUAAAAUAUUUUCACCUAAAUCAAGGUAUUAAAUUAAUUUUGUAGCGAGUUAAUACCCGCCUUUCAAUUAACCUAUUAACUACAUAAAGAGUAACCUGACUUCACUAUUGUUGUGGCGGGAACUGUCAAUUUUGAGUUUUGACAGAAUAUCUACUGUUAAAAAAUUAUAAUUCUCUUCGUUUUCUUAUAGAAUCUUAUAGAAUUUUUAAUUGGAUUUUAUGUCACUACUAACUGCUUAUUGAUUUAUAGAAAUCGUUUAUAAUAUUUGAUAUUACGAAUGGACAUUGACAAAAUCAUUAAUAAACGGUGAAAGUCAUAAUAUAAGAAUAUUUCAAAUUUCUAAUGCGUAACAAUGUUUGCAAGUUCAGUUUUGGUAGUUUAAAUACUUUUGGACUAUCUUCAAUGUAUGAUAUGAUUCUUAAUUUUUUUAUUUGUAAUGAGUCAUGAUUCUCUCUCUGUACAAGAUUUUUCGGAGUUAAUAUUGCAACAAAUAGAGGACCGCAUUAAUAAAGCGACAAUAAAGCAAGUUUCAGAUGAAGAAUUAUUAUCAUUGUAUUCAAUAUUCGGAGUAACAUUGCAGAAAGCACUGGACAUACUAGAAAAAUACUCAACAUUCACAAUUUACGCGAACAAGCCUCGUAUAUUAAUAGAAGUGAAUGGCGAAAACGACCGAUGUUAUCGUCUUUUUCCAAGAAUAAAUUAUUGUUCGUGCCAGGCUUUCAAACACCAAGUAAUAGAAAAGAGGAUUGAGGUCACAUGCAAGCAUAUUUUGGCGGGAAGACUCGCGCAAAUCCUGGGCAGAACGGUCGUGCACGAAGUGACUUCAGACCAGUACUUGAUGCUAUUGAAGUCUAUGUAUGAAUUGGAGCAAAAUGGAUGAUGUAAACUCGCAGUAUUAUUUUACGGCUUCCAUGGAUUCUGGCAAGACUUUAUGUAGCUUGUUAAAGGCCAUACAGUUUCAGGAGACAGCCGUGUUCUGCGCACUCCCUGAAGGUCUGAAGCUCACUGUUGAAGAAGGUAAAUGUGUUCAGGCAUCAGCAUAUGUUCCAUCUGAUAACUUUACAGAAUACCAUGUACGGGACGAUGUGGAUGUUAUGUUUAAGAUAAGUAUAGCAGUGUUAUCGGAGUGUCUAAAUAUAUUUGGUUCCGGUGAGGAGUCCAGCUUGAAGAUGUAUUACAGGAGUGAGGGUUCACCAUUAUUAUUAGUGUUACAACCACAAUCUGUGAACAAUGUGAUGACAGACUGUGAGAUAUCAACACAGAACGCCGAUUCCGUGCUCGAACUCCGAGACGAGGAUUCCGCUGAAGUGGCCAAGCUAGUACUCAAAGCACCGGCGUUUCUAGGCCUGCUGGCGGACUUGGAACGCUCCUGCGACGUGAUAGAGUUGCAUUUGUCUCCGGAGCACCCUAACGUCAGCAUUGUUACUUAUGGUAUGCAGGACCGAUCGUGUAUAGACGUACCGAAGUCUUCGGACAUGGUGCAGAGCUUUACAUGUGAGAAUCCAGUGACCUUGAAGUACCAGCUGCCUCACAUACGACUUAUAAUGAAGGCUCUUGCGAUAUCAUCUAAGGUAGUUCUUAGAUGCAGUUCUAACGGGCUUCUAUUACUCCAACUCAAGCUAGAAAAGGAAGACCAACGGCAGAUGUUCUCAGAGUUUUACAUUGUACCGUUACUAGACGAUUAAGUUAAAAUAAAACAUAAUAUGCAAAAUAUA